GCAGAUGGACUACAUAACGCCCGCACGACACAUGGAAGAGCAGGGCGAUGGUCCGAGCGUGAUGCCGAUGGGCCGCGAGCGGAAGGGUUCCUGGGGCGAGGCCAUCCUGACGGGCGGCGCGGCGGUCGACUCGAUCAACAACUACCUGCAGGCCCUGGCCGAGAAGGCCGACCAAAAGCGCAAGGAGCACAAGAAGAAGCGGAAGGAGCGGAAGGCCCUCAAGGACAAGAAGCACCGCCGCAAGCGCAGCCGAUCGCAGGACGAGGGCUCUGCCAAGGCCGCCCACGACGAUCGGCCGACCAGCCGCGCCAGACUGUCACAGCCACCCCCACCGCCACCGCGGCUGUCACCCACCACCAGCACCAGCACCAGCACCAGCACGCGCACCAGAACCAGCAGGCGCUGCACCCGAUGACCAUUAACCUGGUCGCCCCAACCAUGCCCACCAACCUCGCCACGCGACGAGACCACCAGCCGCAGCACCCUCACGGCCACCACCUGGUCCACUCGGCAUCGUAUCCCAACUUCCCGGUGGGCCAGGCCCAUCAUCUCCACCAGCCGCAACGAAGCCACCCGAUGCCCGCUGCGAACUCGACCUCGACGACCAGCCCGAUGAUGAUGGCCGGCGCUGGGGAAUUCUUCGCCUCCCAUGCCGUGUCGAUGUCCAUGCCCACGCUCCCGACCCUCUCGUCGUCUUCCCUCCUCCUCAACGAGCCCUACGCGACUUCGACCUCGACCACGAGCGGCGGGUGGCACGACGCUGGGUCGCAGUGGGUGGACGCCGGUGUGCCCCUCCAGCAGCCGCAGCCCCAGCACACAAUGAACGCGGCAUUCCCACCCCAGCCGCAGCACCAGAUGCAGAUGCAGGGGUCGGGGCCGGCCUUCGACGACUCGUUCCUGUCGUCCUUCCUCAGCUCAGAUAUCCUGCAAGCCGAGGAAGUGGCUCUCCUCACCGACCUCCUCUAA